CACCUCGGUUCGAGCCAAUGUUGAGACCGAUCCGAUGAUUAAUUGAUUGGUGUUGUCACCAUUUCCAUAUUCCAAAAGAAAAUAACCGAAGGAAAUGAGUUGAUAACUCAUUACUCUUUGUUUCUUUUAUUUUCCCAACAGAGCUCACUGGGCUGCAAGCAUUACGGAGUAGUCGACCACAAUGAGGCUUUCGGGGUUGCAGAAGGAAGUCUUGUCUCUCUACCGGAGUACACUCCGCGAGAUUCGAAAGAAGCCCGAGACCAGUCGGCAACACUUUCGGGACUUUGCGAGAGCAGAGUUUGACAGGAACCUGGUCAUCGACAAGCGUGAUUUUGCAGCUGUCGAAUAUCUUCUUCGCAAGGGCCGCCGUCAGCUUGAAACUUACUCUGCACCUGGGAUCAAAGAUAUUAGGCGAUGAGACGACCUAAUGUUUGUUAUUAUGGAGGGCAACUGCCUGGUCUUUUCGGGAAGUCGGUAGAGAUACCUUAAUGUACCGGACCGACCUACCUGGCUUAUAGAGUCCAAACACCUUGCUGGCUGAGAAUCGCUCUUUCCAAACGCGGACCACAUAAGGUGCCUUAUUUUACCAUGGAGCUUUCCUGCCAAAAUGGCACCUUCCUCCAGUUCGACCAGGACCUGUAUAUGCGUGGAGGAGGCGCGGCAACUCAAGCCCAAUUAGCAUGUUCUCUUCGGAAAUUUUAAAGAUUGCCUAAAAGCACCUUGGUACCUUGGGUCUGAGCCUCAAAAGGAAAUUGAAAGAUGUAAACAGGUCGUGUCGGUACAUGCCUUAGCGUCAUCAUAUUCUUCUUUUUACACAAAUUUAUUUCAACUCUGGCUGGCUGGCUUCCUUGUCUCUUUCUUUGGAAGGGGGCGUGACCUCCUGCUUGGGCCCUCGCUUGUUUUUCUUGUUUUUCUUUUUUGGAAUAAUGGACGAUGCCUGCAUUCAACUUAUCUUAGAAAGGAAGUUCGCA